AUGUCGAACGGCGCCAACAGCGCAAAGCCCGUCGACAUGAUGGCUGGCAUGGAGAGACAAGAGCGCAUCCUCGUCAUUGACUUCGGUUCACAGGUCUCUCACUUGAUCUGCCGUCGUGUGCGCGAAGCGGGAGUGUACUGCGAGCUCCGAUCUUGCCUCCUCAAGCUCGAGGAUGUGAAGAACUUCAACCCCAAUGGAAUCAUUCUCAGCGGCGGCCCCCACUCCGUCUAUGACAAGGAUGCACCGCACCUGUGCAAGGACAUUUGGGGCUACAUCGACGAAAAGAAGCUGCCCAUCUUCGGCAUCUGCUAUGGCUUGCAGGAGAUGUGCCACUCCCUCGGCGGCAAAGUCGAAGCCGGCGUGAAGCGCGAGUUUGGACAUGCUGACCUGCUUAUUCGUGAAGACGUGGCAGUGCAAAGCCAAAACGGUGCCAAGAAGAGCAAAGGCCGCAGCCCCAUCUUCGAGGGCAUCGACGGGCAGAAGGUUCCGGUAUGGAUGAGCCACGGGGACAAGGUCACCCAGAUUCCUCCGGGUUUCGCAUCGAUCGCGUACACUUCCAACACAGAGUAUGCGGCGAUCGAAGAUCAGGUGCGACACUUCUACGGUGUGCAGUAUCACCCAGAGGUCACGCACACGCCGAAUGGCGCGACAAUGAUCAAGAACUUCGUGCUGAAGGUGGUUGGCUGCAAGGGUGAGUGGAACAUGCACGACUUCUGCCAGAAGCAAAUUGACAUCAUUAUGAACAAGCUCGACGGCAAGUAUGUCGUGGGAGCUGUCAGUGGCGGCGUGGACUCCAGCGUGGCAGCCGCACUGGUCCACAAAGCGAUUGGAGAUCGCUUCCGACCUUUCAUGGUGGACACCGGGCUUCUGCGAAAAGAUGAGUCCACCAUCGUCAAAGAGCGCCUGGAGAGCCACAUCCCUGGGAUGAAGCUCAAGGUGCUGGAUGCCAGUGCUGAUUUCUACAAGGAGUUGGCGGGAGUCACUGAGCCUGAGAAGAAGAGGAAGAUCAUUGGCCGCCUCUUCGUGGAGGCUUUUGAGAAGGCUGUGUCUGAGAUGGGUCUCCCCCAUGAGAAUUGCCUUCUCUUGCAGGGCACACUGUACCCCGACGUCAUCGAGUCCACCUCCUACAAGGGCCCCUCUAGUAUCAUCAAGACCCACCACAACGUGGGCGGCCUGCCCGACCGAAUGAAGAUGGAGGUGAUCGAGCCGCUCCGGCUCCUCUUCAAGGAUGAGGUCCGCGCCCUGGGGCGGGAGCUUGGCCUUCCCGUCACCUCUGUGAUGCGACAUCCGUUCCCGGGCCCUGGCCUCGGUAUCCGCAUCAUUGGCGAGAUCAACAAGGAGACAGCAGACCGCCUCUCCCACGCGGAUGACAUCUAUAUCGAGGAGCUGCGUAAGACAGGACACUACGACAAGAUCGGCCAGGCUUUUGCCGUGCUCCUGCCGACCGUCCGAUCGGUGGGCGUCAUGGGCGAUCACCGAACUUACGAGAAUGUGUGCGUCCUCCGUGCCGUCACCACCACCGACUUCAUGACCGCAGACUGGUACGACAUGCCUCAUGAUGUUCUCGCUCGCAUUUCGAACAGGAUCAUCAACGAGGUGAAGGGCAUCAACAGAGUUUGCUACGACGUCUCUUCCAAGCCUCCCGCGACCAUUGAGUGGGAGUGA